UGUUGGUUGUUUAUAUAUCGAUGUAGCGAAGACCUCAAUAAGCAGUUUUCGCAGAGUCGGAACCGCUUUCUCCGGCAAAUUUUAAACGUGCGAUCUUUGCAGAUUAUACUAAAUGAAAAAUCUUUAGUCAUUAAAUGAUUUUCACUAAAAAUCGGUUAUAAACGAAACUAAGACACAGAGGUUACCCGAAAAAUCUUUACUCCAAAAGAAGGAAAAAGGAGGUUUGGCGAAAUUGUACUAAUUUUUCGCGCAAAACAUGAAAACGAGGUCGAAGCGCAGCGAAGCGAAAAACUGCCUAUGAAGCAAAAAUGUCAAUCUUAUUUUUACUUGACUCGGUAGAAAGGGUACAGGAAAGGGCACAGCUGAGGGUAUAAAAAUUCUAUAUAAAACAACAGGUGGUUCUAAAGUAGACCCUUACUCUUUUGGUUCUUAAAUAAACUCCAUUCUAAAACAUAGUGAGCGGAACGUGUAUUCAAAAAAGUAGGAAUAAGAGGUGCGAUCGCCUAGCAACACAUGUAUUGUUAUUUAGCGCUAAAAAUCGGAUAUAUAAACAAAACACACACACAUACACAAAGUGGAGCUGAAAACUCUCUAUUUCAAUUUUGACUCACUAUUACAAAAGCGCUUUCUCCUUUGUAUCUCGAGGAAACGACUAACUGAAGUCUGAGCGCUUGAUGAGCUUAUGGUCUUAUCAAUAGAGAGGAGAGGUCGUUACCUCACGUUGCCACGGUGGCAAAAUGUUUGGAUGACAACAAACCGAUAGAGUCACUUAAGAGUUUAUUCGCACUAUUUCAGACUUCACCAAUCUUAUUCAAUUUCAUUUAAUUUGGCAAAUCUUGGCAAAAUUUUCCUUGGGACCGUAUUUAUGGUUAUCUAAGUUUAGAAAUGAAAGCGACAAUUUUUGUGUUGUGUUCACUGUACUUAAUGAAGCGGGCUCGCGAAAUGAGGAAGUUUCGUGUCGUAGUUUUGCAACGACGGCAAAGAACUGUACAAAAUAGCGUGUUAACAUAAACAUUAUUUUUUGCCCAUAUCCUUGCCGUCACCGUCGUCGUUGGUUUUGUUGUCAUCCAGAAAUAGUGCUACCAUGGUAACGUGAAGUCACACUUCUCCUUUCUAUUCACGAGCCGUUAGUCAGUUAAUUAUGGGGGUUAAGAAGCCCACAGUUGCAUACAAAUUGGUUCCACAGUAAAAACCCCAAGGGAGAAGCUUGACUUAUGAUUAUAAAACACAAUUAAAACAAUUAAGAGCGACUGUCUGUAAAUAUCGACCAAAAUCGACUUUUUGUGGCACAAGUUCAAAAUUAGAAUUUCGCUCAUUUUUGGCUCAUCGAUAACCCUUAAUGGGUAAUGAAAGAUGCUGUACUUAGCUUUCCCAAAUAACGUGUUCUUUUGUUAAAAUUCGAAAAAACUCAUUUUGCCCGUUGGGAGCUCAAAUUCCACUUCUGGCAAAACGAUAUUUUACACAGAUUUCAUUGACUCGUACGUCAAACCACAACGAUCGAUUUGGCAGACUUUGAAGAACACGAAUAGUUUUUGUAACCCUUUCUUUCUUAUAAGACGAUAAAUUUGUGAAAGCUGUAAUAAUUUUGUGGCCAAAAAGGUACGUUCAAAAUAGGCCCUAUUGACAAUUUCUACCGUUCAAAAUUGUAGGGAUAAAAUAAUGCAAAUUUUUACAAUGCGCUAUAACUUAGAAUUUCGCAAAUUGACUUUCUACGGCUUGACUAGACCCCAAUCGAUCAGAAAAUCGAAACAAAUCUCUGGGAAAACGAUUUUAAGUAGCGCACAAGACCUUGAGUUAAUUCACCACUUAAUUUUCGUCCAGCGUGGAAUUAACGCGAGAUUAUGUAAACCAAUUCCUCCGGCUGUUGACCGGAAUCGCAAAGCGGUGUGCUAUCGCAUGCGAGGCAAAAGUUAGUUUAACAUAUUUCUUUAAGCCAUGCUGAGAAAAACGAAGGUAAAUCGGAAAAAACACAAAUCCCCUAGAAUUUUCUAUAGCUUCAGGAAGGCUAAACAUUUCUGGAUGACCGUUUCAUGCAUGUACAAUUUUCAAGGUUUAUCUAAUAAAUUCUUUACGAUUUUCUGAAGUUUAAUUUUUUCCAUUUCACUUCCCAGGACAAGCUAUUUUUCGUAGAGAAAGGAAACCAAAAAAUUUUUGGAGCCGAAAAUACCAUGGAGAGAGGAAUCAGAAAAAUUCUCACUUUCGUAAAGCUUUAAAUUGCAACUAAAAUUUUCGGGUAAAUAAUGCUGAAGCCCUUGUCGAGAAGACUAAAGUUGCCCUAGGAGGCAUUUAGGAGGAAAUCGUCGUUUGGGUGCUCCUAACGAACGAAGCGCUGUCAAUGAUGAUUUACGUGAAUAUAUCUCGUUCUUUUACGCUAUGCUAAGACGAAUCAAGUGCUGUGAACUUGUACGAUAUGCCUUUCUUCACAGAACGAAAAAACAAGAAUCCGUAAACUAAAAACACUGUAGAAGACUAGACUCCGUUGCGAGAAACACAGCGGCAAACGUCUUUCCGUUAGCGAUCGAUACACCACGGUAAGUCCGUUUUUUCAUGUUUCCGUCACUGCGUUUAUAAUAGACGAAUUCAAUAACGAUACUUAAGUAGUACUAUUUUUUUUUUUCAACUUUGAUCAGAGGAAACAAGCGCGCUAAGUUGUAGGUAAUACUAUGCUAGGGCAUGUUGAAUGUUGGGCAUGGUUAAAUUUCAGGCCUCAUGAGUGAAGAUUGCGGGCGACUCUUUUUUUCUGUGAAUUUUGGGUGACAAAACUAAUAUCAGGUUUUGGACGAUCGACAUACCGGUAACUUCAAACGACAACACUUUCGAAUAGCUUGACCGUCACCCCUUUAGAUCGAGCUCGAUGACUUAAUUCAAUGACCAAACUUUAUAGUAGAAAAGAAUGACUUUAAGAAUUUUACUCGGACUUUUCUCAGUGUGUGACUGACAGAGAUUUCUUGGAUCGAGCUUUAGUACUCUAAACACGCCGUAUUAUUGUGGCAGAGACAAAGAACCAAACAAAAGAACACACCAUACAAUUUCGGAGUUCUGUUAAGAAAGACAUUUGUUUUUUACUAUUCAAAAAGCCGUAAAAUAUUCAUUUAAUUAACUGAUAUUUGCUUCCUUUGCACGCAUCACUGGCGCACGAAUGUGUUAUCAAUCGUUUCUUGAGUACAGAAACAGUUCAUCAGAUACAAUGGAAGAAGAUGCAAUGAAGUACUGGAACUCUGAAGAAAUAGCAAUAAACAUUUUAAGAAACGAUACAAGAUUCCCUGGAGGUGGACAGGUUCCACCCCGCAUAAUCACCCCGAGCUGGAUCAGCCGAGAACGUGCUCAGUGGAGUGACCGCCGAAGAGAUAUUUAA